CUGAGAGGAGAUCACAGUCAGAGAACUACUCGAAAAAAAAAUUAUUAACAAGUAAAUUAUUCUGCAAAACAGAGAAAACAGAGGUGAGGGAAUAUCUGAAUAAGGCACCUCAGGUUUAAGGGUAAGCUUUAGCCAGAGCAGCACAGUGAAGCGAGCACACCAUGGAUGUUAAGACCCUGACGGCACCUGUUGGCAUUGUGCGGAUGCUGGAGGUGAUUUUCACCUGUAUCUCCUUCAGCCUGGUGGCAUCACUGGGCCACAUUACCUACUCCUUCUGGACAUGGUGCAUGUUCACCUGGUGCUUCUGCUUCUGUCUCACUGUCCUCAUACUUGUCCUGGAAAUCACCGGUGUCAACCAGAAGGUGCCGAUCUCCUGGGAUGACUUCACCACCGCUUUUGCCAUGCUGGCGACCCUCAUGAUCCUGUCAGCAUCCGUCAUUUAUUCCACCUUCUUCACCUGCUCCUCCUGUGGCAGGCAGAUUGGUGCUUGUGUUACUUCUUUUCUGGCCUUCCUCCUGUAUGCCACAGAGGUCGGGCUGACCCGUGCCAAACCCGGUGAGAUCAGUGGCUUCCUGACCACGGUCCCAGGCCUCCUCAAGGUCCUGGAGGCCUUCGUGGCCUGCAUCAUCUUCAUCUGCUUGGACGACAACCAUUUCUCAAGGUUUCCAGGGCUCCAGUGGUGUGUUGCUGUCUACUCCAUAUGCUUCAUUUUUGCCCUUGUCAUCAUCACCUUCACCAUCGGCCGCCUGUUGGCUCUCCUCCCUGCACCUUUUGGAAAAGUUCUCACAUGCUGCAACGUGCUGGCUGUGUUGAUGUACAUGACCGCGGUUGUCAUCUGGCCAGUAUACAGCUUCAAGGAGCCAAGGCCAACUAUUUGUGCUCAUGUUAGGUGUCCUGGCUGGGAUAAUUUAGUGGUGGUUUCUUUCAUGACCUGUUUCAAUCUCGUUGCUUAUAUUGUGGAUACUGUUUAUUCUGUAAGGCUGUCCUUUAUCAGCAGUGCAUAAGUUACAAAAUCCCUUGAUCUUUCAAUUCUCAGCAAACUUGGAAAUGCACUUGAAAUGAAAGACUGAACAUGAAUGAGCAAAUGCUAUGUAGAGAACUUUGGCAACCACUGUACAUUUUUUUUUUUUUUUUCAAAAUAUUUUUAUUGUUAAUGUUGCUAUCAUUAUGUUACCAGUGAUACCGUUAUUGUCAUGUAUUAGUUUUUACACUGCAGUCGUUAAUUAAUAAUUUCAUCUGCGGAGGAACAGGAAGAGUAAACUUUCUUUCCUGUGUCCUUCUCUCUUUUCCUUCAUUAUCGCAUUUUUGAGUUAUCCUGUUUUAUUUCAAGAAAAUUUUGUCUUUACGUACAUUGUGCCAAACUAUUUCAGCAUGAUAUAUCAAUAUAUAUCUCAAUAUAGUUGGAUAGAUAAAUAAUAGUGAAGCAUUCAUUUAUUCACAUGUGCUUAUAUAAGCUAUGUGUUUCCAUGUAAUCUAUUGCAGCACCUCUGUGGCCUUUCAGAAUCAUGAUACUAAUUUGUUUAAUGAUUGAGCAGCAACGAUGCAGGUACCUCCGUCUCCUUCUCCCACGCUGUUUGCUAGGGUGUGGUUGUGUGUGUGUGUGUGUGUGUGUGUGUGUGUGUGUGUACAUUUCAGGAUGGAAUGCAAGGGAGCUGCAGGGCCUCAGCCCAAGGUCCAUCUCCCCGUGCUCACUCCCUCUGUACAGAGCAGUAUGUAGAGACACAUGUCUUUGCCAUGUAGACAGGCUUCUCUAAAAGUUUUCUGCUGCUCUACUCAUGAGUGCCCUGGAUAAUUUCAGCAAACAGACAUUAAAAAAAAAUCAGACAUGCAUGAACUAACCUUAGUAACACCAAUAUAUCUUGUAUUUCCUAUAUGUUUUCUCAUGUUAUGAUGGAAGGAAGGUCAUUUCUUCAGUCUUUGAAUUCCUAGCAGCUGCAAUCAAAACCAUGCACAGUUGUCAUAGGUAUUCAGUUUUUUUGUGCUGUAAUUUCUUUUAGACAGCAUUGUUGCCCUCAACCCCAAACCUCCUUAGUUUCCCUAGCGUUUCUGAGCAUUUUUUUUUUUUUUUUUUUUUUUUAAUCUAACAUGGUUAGUCUUGUAAUGAUAACAAUGCCCUGUUUAUUAUAACCCCCUCUCACUCUGCCCUUCCCUGAAUAAACAAUGGUGUCAUCUCAAGUUGGUUAUCUCUACAGUAUUUGACAUUUUAAAUAGCUUGCAUCAUGCCUGCCACUCCUCAUCAGGAAGUAGCAAAGUGCUUUGGGCAUGAGGGUAUAGGUGAUUUUUAGCAAAGGGAAACAUUUCUAUAUGCUUUUUAUUUUGGGGGCAUUUUGCAAAAUGGGGAAAUCAUAAGACUGAAUUUUGCUGUUGGUUGUGCAUCAUUAUUUACUUUAUUGCAAAUGCACAGACUGUAACUUUGGAUAUGGUGAAAUAUUGUCACAUAAAUAAAACAGGCACAUC